AUGAAGCCCGGAUCCCUGCCGCUCCGGGCACCCUCACGGCCGGUGUGCCAGCUGUGCGACUAUAUCCUGCAGCAGCCCGGAUCCCGUCGCUCCUUCCUCGCCGCGGCAUCAACGUUCAAAUCGCCUGCCCUGCGGCGACAGCCCGCGAAACAGCAUGCCAUCCUCCCCAGAGUACCCGUGCGGAGCGCUGCGACAGUCCGGGGGCCACAAAGACAGGCAUCAGGAAUAGAAAAUCACCAGCAAUGGGCAGAAAGAGUUGCAGUGUUGAAAACCAAGCUCGCCGAUGUGGAGCGGCAUAUCGCAUGGAUAAAAUCGUCCGACAAAGUCGAGCCAGAGUCGGCCACCUUAGAAGCGCUCGAGGGCUUGGAGAGUAUUGCGCGACAAGCAAUUGCGAUCCGAUCUGGGAAACCGCCACCUCCGAAGAUUGAAAUAAAGCAAAGCUCAGCCGGCGCGAUUCUCUCCAUGGGACGCGAAGAUGACGAUGCACCUGUUGCACCGCAGCCCACCUCAAGAGCACCUUCGCUCAAUGAACUGCCAUCACCCCAAUACAUAUCCCGUCUCGCCAUGGACCUGCUCAAACAUCCCAACGUCUUUAUCUCAUCAGAGGUUCUGGGUGCUUAUAUCCGCCUCCAACGACUGGUUGGCUGCCCGCGCGCGAUACCUGAGAUCCUCCAUUUGUACGCCAACAAGCCGGUCCCAGAACUUGGAUCAUCUCCGCCCAAAUUCUCAAAACCUUCGCCCAAGGCCGCAAAACAGGCUAUACCCGCGGCCCUGGCCGAACAGGCGCUCGGCGCCGCAAUUGAAGCGAAGGACAUGCCUCUCGCUCUCGACAUCGUAGAAGUCUCCUAUUGCGCGCCUGCAUGGCGGCGACACAGGAUGGUGACAAAGAUGGGGCUACCAGGCUUCAUUGCCUCUAUCACGCCUUUGGCGAUAUACAUGCUCGCUCAAGAAGCGUCGGUGUACAGUGGGUUUAUUGACCCAUGGACUUUCAAGGUGUAUGCUUUUGCAGGAAUUUCGACCUAUGUCCUUUGCACUGGAACACUAGGUUUCGUUGCUUUGACAACCCACAACGAUCACCAUACCAGAGUAGUCUGGAGACCCGGAACGCCGCUUCUGGACCGAUACCUGCGAGAGGACGAACGAGCCGCUCUAGAUCGGAUAACAUGCGCAUGGGGUUUCAAGGAAGAAUGGAGAAGAGGCGAUGAAGAAGGUGAAGAGUGGGAAGGCUUGCGGGAGUGGAUAGCGCUGCGCGGUAUGGUGCUCGACAAGCCUGAUUUGAUGCCUGGAAUGAACGCUUAG